GAGAAAACUUUCUGGGCCUCUCUCGUGUGAUCACGUCGCGGAGAGCUAUUUUUACAGUACGUAGCCGUAUACAAAAUAAUAAAGCGGGCGAUCGUUUGCGAAUUCAUUUCAAUCGAACACUAUCCAAGAUUAGAUCGUAUCAGUUAACCUUUAACGCCGUACACUCAAUAUAUAAACGCAAUCAUGACCACUCGUGCGCAAGUUAUCAAAGAGGUUGUCCAGGAUGCCAAGGAGGAGGCACGUGAGCACCCCAACGUACUACAAACACCACUGCAAGAAGAGACUCCCCUUGGUAAUGGAGAUGGUUCAGACAUGUACAACACAGGCACUAGCGGAGAGACACAAAACGUCUCAGCUGUGAGCACUGGUGAUGAUACGGCCGCCACUGCCGCUGCCACGAGCUCUGCUGCCGCCGACAGUUCAGCCCAGACCCUGGUACAAGAACGCAAGGAGAACGUAGCUGACGCCAAGGAAGAAGCACGCAACAACCCCGAUGCACUACAGACGCCUUUGGACCCUGAAGAGCCUAUCAACGCUGACGAGGCUGCCCCGAAGGCUAGCGAAUCUUCAACGGACGCUGCACCCGCCGAUGCCCCUGCCAGUGCUGAUCAAACUCUGGUACAAGAGCGCAAGGAAAAUGUAGCUGACGCUGUAGAAGAGGCACAAAAACACCCCGACGCCUUACAGACACCUCUAGAGCCUGAGGUGCCUCUCGAGGCCAAGCCAACUGCUGACGGUGCUGCCGAACCUGCGCAUACCUUAGUACAAGAACGCAAGGAGAACGUGGCAGAUGCGAAAGAGGAAGCAAAGGCACAUCCCGAUGCCCUGCAAACGCCCCUAGAGCCAGAAGAGCCUCUAAAGCGAAAGGCUGAGGACGAUGGUCGUGAGGGUGCCGCCAAGGUAGCCAAGUAGAUUGGUCUUCGACAAGCAGUUAUACUUAACUUGAUAUGAUCUUAUAGUAGAUCGAAAUUGUACAGGGUGAGCGGUAGAAAUACUGGCAGAUAACACUAAAUAAAACUGAAGAUGCUCUUAUUGGGUGCUUGUGUGCUACGUUGGCUUUAAUUUAGAUUCUACAAUCUGAAGUCUAAAGUUCUGAAUGGAAGAUCUACUGGUGCGGGACUAAUCUCUUGAGUGCAUCUCUUGUCGCUUACGUGCAAGUAUCCCUUUAUAGCCGUCGUGCGAGUAUUCUGUUGUUGACGAUGCGAGGGUAUUGGAGCAUACAAGUGUCAUUUACUUUUACGCAGACGUCACCCAAAUAUCACUACACAACUCUGAAUAAACUUUUAAUUCGGGCUAACGGAGGGACACAGAAAAUUCGCCGUUUAAGUCACUGAAACGUAUGUCCCAUUUGUUUGCAAGGUAUAAUCUAAAAAAAAGUUCCUAUGUAUUGGUUUUUUUUACUUGUCUGUGAAGACGUAUACGUAUGGGUUGUGUACUACCCCAUAGAGCUAAUAGACAAGAUGGUUCUAGAUGCAGCAUCUCUGUGUUGAAGGGUGCGAUGAAAGUAUUCCACUGAAAGACUCAGACA